UCUAUAAGAAGUGUGGCCAGGCUGUACUGUGUUACACUCUAGCCUUACUUCAGUAGUAGAAGAAAAGCUAAGCGAAGAGCAGCAAAUGAGUUCCCUAGUUGUGUUGCUCCUGAUCGCAGCCGGCGCCUUGGCUGAGGUGACGGAGUCCACCGGCAGUUCCAACAGCGCAAUGCCGACGCACACCGACCACACUCCGGAAGGAAAGGGUUGGUCAGAUUACCCUAAAGUGAUGGUACUACAGCCGAUUACCACGGAGGAGUCCUCCGCAGAACCUUCACGCCCGCCUCCUAUAAAGAGUGUUUGCAUGAUGAAGGUGAACUGCGCCGACACCAGCCCUAUUGACUACGACGAGGUUGUACUGGAGCUUCAGAGGGACCAGGGGUAUCAGGACGCGCCAAGCACUGUUGAGGAAACGCCGACAGCUGCCACGGCGAGUGCCGGAUCGCCGAAGCCGACACCACCUCCUGUGCCGUGCACUGUCGAGAUACAAGUGCUGCAGACGUACCGCGGCCAGUGCGUGCGGCUGGGCCAGCAGUUCGGCGGCUGCCGCGCGGGGCCGUUCGUGUCGCCGCUUCAGCCGCCCUGCCAUCCCCCACCUCAACAAUAGCUGGAGGCGCUGCAGGGCCGCCUCGCGUCUCGUCACCUCCAUCGGCUCGUUGUUGGCUCGCUUUUUUAGACUCACUUUUCCGAAUGUAAAAUUUAUUGAUGCUUCUAAAUAUAUUUAAGCUGCAGGUAAUGAUUGUGGAACUGA